AUGUGGGGCGCGGGGGCCGCUGCGCUACAGCUCCUCUCCCGGGCCGUGAAGCAGGCGGCGGCGCAGGGGGCCCGGCAGGACCUGGGCCGCUGGCUCUCUCGAGCCGCCGGGACGGCAGCUGGAGGCGGCGGGGACCCCGGUGGCUUCGUCCCGGCGCAGGCGGCGGGGACCGGCGGGCUGCUGCUGGGGCCCUACCCGGAGCAAGGCGGGCUGCCGCCGGCGGAGCUGCUGCUCUGCCAGCUGCCCGAGGCGGGCGGCGGCGGUCCCGGGCUGGCCGAGGCCCGGGGCUUGCGCUGCUCCUGCUGCCUCCUGGGCACCUGCUGGUGCAAGAGCUGCCUGAGCGUGUGCGUCCUGGCGGCCCUCUGCUUCGCCUCGCUGGCGCUGGUGCUCCAGUACCUGCGGGACCUGCUGCUCUGGGCCGAGAGUCUGGACAGCCUGGCCGGCGUGCUGCUCUUCACCGUGGGCUUCAUCGUCGUGUCCUUCCCCUGUGGCUGGGGCUACAUCCUACUCAACGUGGCCGCCGGCUACCUCUAUGGCUUCUUGCUGGGCAUGGGGCUGAUGGUGCUCGGCGUCCUCGUUGGCACCUUCGUCGCCCAUGUGGCCUGCAAGCGGCUGCUGGCCCGCUGGGCACGGGCCAGGAUCCAGGGCAGUGAGAUGCUCAGCGCCGUCGUCCGUGUCGUGGAGGGUGGCAGUGGCCUCAAGGUGGUGGCUCUGGCACGGUUGACGCCCAUCCCCUUCGGGCUGCAGAACGCAGUCUUCGCGAUUACAGAUUUGUCAUUACCCAACUACCUGAUGGCUUCUUCAGUUGGGCUGUUGCCUACUCAGCUCCUGAACACAUACUUGGGCACUACUUUGCGCACCAUGGAGGAUGUGAUUGCAGAACAAAGUGUUAGUGGCUACUUUAUAUUCAGUUUACAGUAAGCACUUAGCUUCAGAGGCUGGAUGUCUGAAUUGAAGUGCUCACCUCCUUGAGAGCAAUCUUUGGGACCUGA